AUGGAAAGUAAGAUAAAUGCAUAAUGAAUUCUUCGGGAAUUUACUAACAAUCAUUUCCCAACAGAUACCAAACCUCCGUUGUGUCCAGAAUGGGAAGCAGGAUUAAGCCUGCAUAACUUGAAUAUUAAACGUAAUACAUGUCAAUGUAUGGUCAUAAUCUACUACAAUCUGGAUGAGGUUUCAUUUGGAAAAUUUCGUAACACUAUGAUAGCUCAUAAUCCUGUGAUGAGAGCUUAUGGGAACGGAGAAUUUUUAGGCAUUUCUAGAGAUAUUUGUUGUGUAGAAGGUAUAUUUCCAAGAAAUCAAAAUAUUGGUAUUUUAACAUUUGAUCAUGUUGAAGACGCUAAAAGGUGUAUUGAGUCUAAAGUUGAAUUACGUGAACCACAUCAUUAUGGUGGUCAUGAACUUUAUAUAGUUCCAUUAUGUAAUCCAAUGCAAUCAUGGCCAGGUUAUCGUUAUGUACAAUUAGAUAUAUAUGAAACUAAAAACUCUAUUCUAUUCACUAAGUAUAUUAAUAAUUUAGUGAAUAUUGUAACACGUCAUGGUGGUCAUGUUAUAGCGGGUACAACACAAGUAGGCCAAUUUCUAGGCUUACGUAAAGCAUUAUUUCUAUUUGUUGUUCAAUGGAGAAGUCGUGAAUCAUUUUUUGAGUGUAACAAAGAAGUUACACCUUUACAAAGAGAGUCUGGUGCAUCGUGCAGUUCACGUUUACUUUUUGAACUUGAUACACAAUACUUUAAUUGGUGUUAAAGAAAGACAAACGCUUUGAGAAUGUGAAAAACUAUUUUAUGAAUAAAGACGAAUAUAACUACAAUGCUAAAUUAAGCCACUUUUUCAACUCAGAUUCCCUUCUCUGUUCAUGAAAGUUUUAUUUUAAAAUAUAUAUAAAUCACAUUUUGACAGAAGUGAUAAAAAAACAAUGAAAACAUUUCCAAUGAUGAGUUGGACAAGUAUUUCAACAUACCUUACUAUCCAAUUUUUAUUUUUCCAAAUGUUUAAAAAGUAUUCAACUUUCUUUUUCACUUUUUAUUUCAUUAUCGAAUUUCUAAACACAAUAUAUUAGAAACAAUAAAAGAGAAAAUAUACUCGACAAACAAAUGCAUACACUUGACCAUUGUAAAUGUAUGUAAUGCAUAUUAUAUAUGAAAGGUUUAUAUAAACUGAAAUG